AGGCGGAAUUCGUCCAAGGAAUGGGUCCCCACCACGGCCCUACUGCGCAUGCUCGCCCCGUGACCCUAGCUUGAGGUGACGGCGGGAGCCAAGGCGGGGGCCCGAAGCACUGAGGCUGAGGGACCCGCCACGGCUCCGUCGUCCAAGAGGACAGAGCCCCUGGACUCCCAGGUUCCUGGCCAGGGAGGAGGAGGAAAAGGAGAAGCCUAUCUACCGGGGCUGAGCAGGCCUGAGGGCCAGGCUGUUGGUCCUGGAAUGCCCCCGCCCAAGCCCAGUGAGCAGGAGGGUGAGAACACGAAGGCCAGCCAGGAGCCAACUCCUCAGCCUGGCACAGAUGUGGUCCCAGCAGCCCCCAGGAAGCCAAGAAAGUUCUCCAAGCUGGUCCUGCUGACAGCCUCCAAAGACAGCCCCAAAGUGGCUGGGGCCAAGCGCAAAGGAGUCCAUUGCAUCAUGUCCCUGGGCGUGCCAGGCCCUGCCACCUUGGCCAAGGCCCUCCUCAAGACUCACCCUGAGGCUCAGCGGGCCAUUGAAGCAGCCCUCCAGGAGCCUGAGCAGAAGCGCAGCAAGCUGGACCCGGAUACUGACGGCCCAGAAGACAAUGGAUCAUCAGGAGUGUCUUCAGGUUCUGAGGAGGAGACCACUGUGGUUCCCAAGGAGCCCAGCGUUUCCCCAUAAUUUUGGCAACUGCUGCAGUGUGGGCUGCUCACUGCAUAGGUUACUUUUAUAAGCAAGAAGUAAAGAAGAGAGAGAAAAUAAAAGCAGCUGUAUGCUGUUUCCCACCUUC